UACGGUAAAGCUUAUUUGACCCCUCCCCUCUCUUUUUAGGUCAAAAUGGCCUCCUCUUCAGAGGCAGGAUCACAAUUAGUGAAAUUUAAAGCCCUCCCGACCCACCUUCAGUUCAACCCGUACAUCACCAGUGGCUAUAGGAGGCCAUUAGGUACAAGGGAUUGCAUGAAGAGCGUCUGUUAUACUCACAACGAGUCUUUGAAUAUUUACAGUCAUGCCUUUUUUGUCAUCUUCUUCCUACUCUCAUUCAUCCAGUAUGUCAGGGUAUGGCAGUACAACCAGAAUCCAGUGGUAUCUCUAUUCAUUCUCAUUGAUUACUUUGCCACUACUCUCCCAUUUGGCUUGAGUGUCCUCUAUCACACCUUCAUGUGUCACAGCGGAGGCUACCCUGUCUACCUGGUGAUGCUUAGGAUCGACAUUGCUGGUAUUUGGCUCCUUGCAACGUUUGGAGAAUUGGAAAAUAUUUAUGUGACUUUGUAUUUUUAUUCAAUUUUAAGGACAGCAGGUAUCUCGCUAUAUGUCAUAUUCUCCAUUCUAAUUUUUCAUAAUUUAAUGUUCAACAACAACAAGAAGACAAGGUCACUGCUGUUCACUUUCCAGUUUCUCCUUAGAGUACUAGUCAUCAUCAUACGACUCUCACCUUAUGGGUGUGGUCAAAAGCACUAUUAUUUCAUUGUCCUCGAGAUAUGUAAUUCAGUGGGUGUGGUCAUUAACGCAUUACACAUCCCUGAGAGAUGGUUGGCAAAUGUUAAGAUGAAUUAUUUUUUAAAUGGUCAUACGAUCAUGCAUUUUUUAAUUCCUUUCGGUAUAAUUUUCGCAAGGCAAGGAUUUCUUAUUGAUAUGGAAUGGCUUUUAGAGCAAUCUCAAUCUUGAUAAUUUUGAACUCAAUUUUGGUUAAUUUUAGAUCGUUUUAAUUCAUUUUAGUUCUAUUUUAUUUCACAAGUAUUGUAUUUAUUUA